CGAAUCGCAAUCAUCGGAGCCCCUCCCCCACCGUGAUCGUCAUGGUGUCUUCGUCAGAGAGUUCGAGUGAUGAGACUACGUCCCAUGAGGACUUCUAUACCCUUACGAAGGACUCUCUACCUCAAAUCGACGUCGUCAACGGCGUCGAGACUCUGAUCGUCGAUGGUGGUUGUAUAGAGGCAGAAAGAGCCGUUGAUUUGGAGGACAUCUAUUUUUGGUUGAAGAAUAAUUUAAAGGAUGACAAGCAGAAGAAAAUUUCAAAUAAAGCUCGACAUUCAUCUUGUGUUGCUAGCAAAUAUGACGGAAUCAAAAAGUUCAAAAUUUUCGAUGAUGCCAGAUGCUUACGAACCUUCUUAGAGUUAUCACCGUGUAGGAGGAACUACAUAAUAAGUUUCAUCAACAUAAAACAAUGCCAGUCUGCCAGAGACAGCAUAGUUAUGACAACAUGGAAUAUAUUUUGGAACAACAAUUUGUUACAUCAACAUUUGAAAUGUUGACAUACAAUGGAUUGGCUGCAUAAUGUGUCUAAUGACUACAAAUUAAUUGGUUCAAUAAUUUGUAUUAGUUCUCUGUUCAAAUGCUGAUUUUUUUUUUUCACUUUUUUUUUUUUGCCCUGGAGAGGACAACUUCCUGACUCAGUUGUGACUUUGAAUACUAUGUGAUUUUUUUUCCAGCUUUGUAAAAAUGCACUUUUCUAUAUUUUAUCAGUGUUAUGCAGGUAAAAAAAUAUUAGAAAGGAUAUGUAAUCUACUAACUAUUGUUGUUAUUACCUUAUUGUUCUCCAGCAUUUGUUGUUGUGGAAACAAACUUUAGGAUGUAUUUCACUGUCUGUUUUAUUGAUUUGCUUUUAUCUAAUCAUGAUGAAAACUCUCAUAAGUGAUCAAUGAAUGAGAUAUAUAUAUAUAUAUAUAUCAAGAAAAUUGAGAAGUCAUUUCCGCAAACCACAAUUGGAAAAACCUCCCCACUGCAAACUCUUCUUAAGCAAGACUUUUGAUCAUUUAAACUUACAUGCCUUGCAAGGACAACUUUGUAUCAUGGUGUGUUUUGAACCUUUGUCCUUUUAUGCUAGACUACAUUUGAUGGUUAGGAAGCCACCUAGUCUGGUCAAAAAUCCUUGUGGGCAAUCUGUUGUAGUUGGAGGGAUUUAGGUUUAAGAAGCCACCUACCCUACUUGGAGUAUUAUUUAGAUUUCAAAUCCAAUGCAUAUAUUGAAAAAAGAGAUGAAACUAUUUUGAAAUUGUUAUACCAUAUAGUCUCGUAGAUUUUUUUUUUUAUUUCUUCAAAUUUACAUGUUGAUCUGUUUAAACUCGUCAUGAAGUGGGCAGUAGAGAAAGAACAAGAAGAAAUCAAAAGGGGAAAUUCAUUUAACAGUAAAAGGUGGUUCUCUAAUCUUUGAUAAAAUUCAAAACUCUUUUGGCAAACCCCAAAACAUGAAAUGGAAAAAAAAAAAAAUGUUUGGGAUGAAAGACUUUUCCUUUAAAUAUAUUUAUUUUACUAGAUUAUUGGAUAUUUUUAAAAAAAUAAAAAUAAAAAUUUGAAGUCAUUAUAUUAUUUGAAGAGCUGAUUUUUGGGAAUUUUGUAUAGUUGGGUCUCGGGGCGAGUUGCUUUGGAUCUGAACUCUUUUCUAGAUUUUGUAGGCACUCUUCAUGGCUAAGUGUUUGGUUGGUUGUUUUGGUUCUUGUAUUCUUUGACAUUGUCUUGAUGUUGUUCUAAUAAAAUUGUCUUAUUUAUCAAAAACAAAAAAAUGAAGUCAUUAUCAUUUGCCAUUUACCAGCUUGGAUUGCUCAUUGUUCAUAUUCAUUAAAAUUUUAUUCUUAUAUUUGCCAUUCAUUGAUGAAGUGAUCAAUUUUCAUGCUAAAAAUACAAGGUAGAAUAUCAGCUUCCAAAUCUUUUUGUAGUUGUAACUACAAAGGAAGCUUGUAUGAUGCUUUAAAAAAUGCCAUUAUGGCCAAAUAGGCAAGCAUCAAUGCCUAUUUGUCUGCAACUCCAUGCUAUCUCUUGGGACCUUUUAAGAAAGAAAAAUGCAAAAAAAAAACAAAAACCUUGGGUUGUUGUUAGUGUUAAAAAAUGUAUAAAAUGUGUAAGAAGUAUAUGAAAAUAUGUAAAAAUGUUUUGAGAUAUGUGAAAAAUGUAUUGAGUUUAUAAAUAUUUUGGCCUUAUGUGCUUCUUAUUGACAACCCUGAGGGCUAUCAUUAGCAGGACCCUCGAAAAAACCAUUUCAUCUUUUACCUGAUAGAGUAGCUUAAUUUACACUAAUAGUAAAAGGAAUCAUAAAGUUUGAUCCUUUACUGGUGUUUUUAUUUAAAAAAGCUUUUGCUUGGUUACUAAUUUCAUUUUAUUUGUUAUUAAGCAAAUUCUCUUGACUUCUGGAUGUUC